AUGGAGAACUGCCGAGAGCCCUCACAGAGGCGUCCCCCUACGCUGCCAGCACGCCGGGCACUUCGAAUUUGCGGAGGAAUGCUCGUCCUCGCCGCAUCUUGCAAUGUCAUUCCACAUCUAUCGGCAGCCGAUGAUGCGUGGUGCUCGCUGUCCCCUCUACGCGGGGCCAAGCUCCGGCGUCGGUGCUCCAGCCGCCACGAGGUCCCAGCUCCCAUCUUUCUGCCGCCCCUGACUGCCGAGCCGUCUGCACCGGCCCCACCACAACCAGGCACGCUCCCCUGUUUUCCUCUUCCGCUGCACCGAGCGGCCCUACCGGGCUCGCGCCGGAUGCUGAAUGUUAUGGAGCGGCGCUACACUUCAAUGUACGAAGACCUUCUCACCACCGGCCAACGGCGCUUCGUUGUGCCCCGGCUCUUGCAGACCUCGCAAGGAGCUUGUCUGGCAGAAGCCGCCGUGGUCUUCGUGAUCACGGACCUAUUGGAGGCUCCAAGCAAUUCCCGAUUCCGCUACACCGUGCAGCACGCUGUCCAGAAGCCGGUACGAAUCACAAGGGUGCUCAAUCCCGGAGCCUUCGCAAAGAAAAACACGUAUCUCCGCGUGGAAUACACCAAGAUUCCCGACCACGACGCAGAGACGGACUACUGGCAAGAAGAGCGCGCCCUUUUCCGGGAGUUGCACGAAGUUGCAGCUCUUCGCGAGGCAGGAACAGUAUCUUUCGUGCUUGUCCCUGCCGCGCGUCAACGAGAAAAGGUUAAUCUGGCAAUGGCGAGGGAGCUGUCAAUCCAGCUCCAAUCCAGAAUCCGAGCAUGCGCGCUGUCUGUCAUUGCGAUUAGCUUCGUGACUAUGAUCUUUCUCAUCGUGGUUCUUGGGUUCACAGCCGUGGAGAACCGUCAUGGCUAUUCAGCUUUGCUCGUGAUUCCGUUGGCCUGUAUGCUGAUGGUUGGUGCUAUCUCUCUCCUUUUCGACCGCCCGCAUGCGCAUCCUCCUGCAGACAGAAGAACUGCCACUGUCGAUAAGAAGAGUUGCGAUUGCAUCUGGGCAUCCAAUGUUUUCGAGGACUUGGAGUUCGGGGUUGUGGAUUCGCACAGCCUCAGCUUCCAUUCCUUCCAUGUGGAGACGGGUACAGACGGUGCUGAGUGGCAGCAAACUGGGCCUGCACUGCUCAAGGGCGACGCCUUCAAGUUGCGAUCCUUCCCUGUGGGCACGUUUUCCAUGAGGCAGUUGUGCCUGGGCCGUCAGAAGUAUCUGUUUUGGCUGGGUUCGCUGGUGUGCUCGAGCUACGGGCUUGCACUGUAUUUCGAGCUGUCGCGAGUUGCACAUCCAGACAACGAGCUUUCAGUGGCCAACGCUGGGAUCAAAGCAUAUGGAGCGGUGAUUUCAGAUACUGAAGCCUUCAUAGGUGUUGUCGAGUUUGCACCGCCUUUGUAUUUCUCUUUCCAGCUCCGUGUUUCUUUCUCUCUGGACUCUUACUUCUCGUCGCACACCGACAUGUCAACACCGGUGAGCCCACGAGGAGCUGUGAAGCUGGAGGCCGUUAAGAACGCCCAGCCGAGAGUUCCGGGCUCUGCUUUGAGAGCGAGUACUGCUGGGACAGAGUUGUGCGGAUCUAAGAUCAAUUGUGGUCAUAUUUGUGGUCUGUUCAUCACGGUCAUGGCCCUGACUCCCUGGGAGUACCGCCGCAGGUACUCUGCGCUGUUUAUCAUCCCGCUCGGCUGCACGGUUAUGGUGGGAACGAUUGCUCUGGUCUUUGACCGUCAGCCAGCACAGCAAGUGGAGCCGGCCAGGAUCCGAGAGCGCAAAUGCCUUUGGGCCUCGCAGACCUUCGAGGGAAUCGAUGCUGACCGUCCUGAGCUACACUGCGUUUGCGUGAAGUGCGUGGAGGAUUCUGCGGAAUGGGUGGUGUCCAAGCAGCCCUCCAAAAGCCGAGCAAGCUGCGCCCAUUCUGCGAAGACAUGCAGCUGCUGCCUGGAAGACUUCGUUCCUGACAGCCAUGUGGCCAUUCUGCCAUGUGGACAUGUCUUCCACGAGGAGUGUAUUGCCACCUGGUCCUUGUCUUUGUCGGCCUCGUCCUGCUUGUGUCCGACAUGCCGCACGAGUUAUGGCUGGACUGAAGAAGAAGUCUAG